UUUGUUCUUCUCCGCAGCUGUUUUAUACCCUCCUGUUUCGUGUGAUUUUCAUAUUGCGGUGAAUCUCGCUGUGUGUACUUGUCGUCGUUGCUGCUUUCUGUCGGCGAAGAGUACGAGUUAAAAAAUGUUGGAUUAACGACGAUGGCACGCCGGAAGGGUUGUGAAGAGCGUAGUGGGCAUUGGACUGUUGUGAACACAACUGUGGACCGCGUCUUCGAGUCGGCCCCCGUCUCCUGGUUCGGCCACUGAAAUUCACGGAAGGAAAGUUGAAUUGCCAACCGGCUCUCGUCGGAAAAUCAUGUCGUACCUGACAAUUUUCUAUCCCGUGUCUGCUGGUCAGAAUGGACCUCUGCUCGGCGCCGAUGAGGAGGAAAUCGUUCUUCUUCAUUUCAUCGUUCUAGAACCAGACACCUGUCAGGAGAAAAACCCGCGGCCCGAAAAUCUCGCAAGAUCCAAAAAUCCCGGAGGAACCUCUGUGGUCCUGAAACUUUUGAACAAUGCGAAGGAAUUCUGGGAACGGAACGCUGGACCGUUAACAUUUUUAAAAUCUGGAGACACUGUGUUCAUCAAUUCGAAGACCAUGCUGUCAUUUGCUGUGCUCAUUCACCUCAUAGCUGAGCUUCUCGAGUGGUAG